ACUCGAAUUUUCGACUUAGUAACUCGAAAUUAUGAGAAAAAUAACUCGAAAUUUCGAGAAAAUAACUCGAAAUUUCGAGUUAGCUCUGCCAAUCAGUAAUCUACGUGAAUGACGUCAUUUCCUUGUUACCCGGAAGGAUAUGGCACAAAGGCGCGCGCACUCAAAACUGGAUCGUCUCGUGAGCUACAGUGAGCUACAAAUGGCGCCAGGUUCUUCAGCUUUGAAUGCCUUCCUACAAAUGAUAACUGGAUAAAAGCAUGGGAGACUUGAUUGAAUUCUUGAAACAAAGAGAAGUCUCUGAGGAAAUUAUACAGACCUUGGAGAAUGAGAAGAUUGAUGCCAGUGUCAUAAGUCUAAUGACAGAUGAGGAGCUGAAGACUUAUUUGCCAUCAUAUGGUGAUCGUCUAGCAGUAUUUGGAUUUUGCAGACGGAGGGGCAGCAGCCGCAAGUCAGCGCUUUUUGAACGGCUGAAAUCCAAACUGUCCAAAAGAAAAUUAUCUGAAGAGGAUGGCAGUAGUACACGGCAAGAAGAACAUUCCCAAACAACCCAUAAAAGAAAUGCUCUGAAGAGAAAUAGAAAAAUAGAAAUAGGAUGGAUGCAUUAUGAUGAAGACACUGAGGUUUUCAAGCAGGUUAGAGCUAGACGAGGAGGAGGAACAAGAAAAAUAGACAUUUGCAAGGAUGCCAAGAAAAGGGACAUAUUACAGGUUGCAACAGGCCUGUUCUUUCCAGAUGGAGGAAACAUUCAGGGGCCCUUAACAGAUUUUGACUGUGAUCUAAAGGAUUAUCAAGAGAUGAUAGUCGAUGAUGCAUUGACAGUAGGAGAACUUUAUCAUGUCACAAAACUAAAUAUCCUCAGGUUCUACCUCACCACAAAGAAAAAACAAAAUGACAGCCUUCAGAGUUCCAGCCCAGGUUUGCAUCCAUCUUCAGAAAUUGAAGAGAGUCCUCAAAACCAAACCUCUUCUUUUACUGUCACUACAGUCCAAACAUCUGCUCCAUUUGAAACAAUCAGCCAUGAUGUGACAUACAUUGAAGACACUCCAAACGAUAACCUUCCACAAUCUUCCACGCAGUCUCUAAGUGCUAACACUUCUCACAGCAGUGACAUUAUUUUUGUUGGCCCCUUUUCUGACAGUGAGCCAAUAAAUUUGGAUGACACCCUGAUUUUUUCUCCACACCCUGGUCCAUCCAGUGAGAGAGUGAGGAGAGUAGUGGUGGUCCACAGAGGGCAGGUAAUGUCAGAGCUCAUUUCACAUUUUAGUGAUAAGGACCUUGAAGAUGUCGACAUCAAAAUCCAGUUCGUACUGCCUGAUGGAACACCUGAAAUGGCCCAUGACGAUGGGGGAGUUGUGAGAGAUUGUCUUUCAGAAUUCUGGAAAGAAUUCUAUGACCAGUGCACCACUGGAAAUGUUUGCAAGGUGCCCUUCUUAAGGCAUGAUUUUGGGCAACAGGAGUGGGAGAGUGUGGGCAGAAUCAUUGCAUUUGGAUGGGUUAGAGAGAAAUAUCUGCCUGUGAAAAUUGCACCUGCCAUUCUAGAACAAGCUGCCUUUGGAUAUGUAAAGAGUGAUAUUGUGGAGGAUUUCCUUAAGUUCAUGCCUGAAUCUGAGCGUACAGUGUUAGAGGCGUGGCGAUCAGACUUUAGCAUCGUGGACCAAGAAGAACUUAUAGACAUACUUGAUAACCACAGCUGCAGAAAGAUACCAACAGCCUACAAUGCCACUGAAGUCCUAUUGGAGCUUGCACACAAAACACUUGUCCAAGAGCCUGCCUAUGUUAUUGAACAGUGGGCAAGAACACUCAGCGCUGCAUGGGAAAGCAUUUGUGAUCUAUCGUCACUUUUUGAAACUCUCCAACCAAAUGUGAGAAAAGUUCUCAAGUGUCUCACUUUCCCUGAAACAAUGACGGCUCACCAGAAGCUGAUUCAGAAAUAUCUAACUACAUAUGUGAAGAAUGCUGAGAAGGAACAUUUGUGUUUGUUCCUCAGGUUUUGCACAGGUUCAGAUUUACAUCUUGGAAAGAACAUCAUCAUUGGGUUUAACGAACUUAAAGGUUUCCAGAGACGACCUGUGGCACACACAUGUGGAUGUGUACUGGAGCUGUCGAUAAAUUAUGACAGCUAUCCUGACUUCAGAUCGGAGAUGAACAGUGUGUUGGAAUCAAAUGUGUGGGUCAUGGACAUUAUCUAAAGGUUUGAUUCACAGACAAUGGCUUAAAAGCCAUUGUUGUUUUACAACAAAUUAUAUUUGAGUUGUGAACUAAAACUAAAGUGUUCCCAAGUGAAUGUCACAUCAAAGGUUUCAGGUGUUUAAAAACUGAGUUCUAAGAAAAAGUCUUUGGUGAAAUACCACUGUAAUGUAAUUUGAGGUACUUCUUUGUCUUUGCGUUUUCGUAUUACAACUGAGGCAAUAUUUUUCUAAACACUUGUGAAAUGCAUUUCUGCAGAGGUCUCAAAGUGGAAGUCUGGAGACCAUUUAUAAGAACUCCCAUUUCCUCAGUCAGCAUGUGUGCAUGUGAACAAUCAAAGCAGUUUUCCCACCUUUUAUUCAAUUUUCUAUUAUUUGAAUCCAAAAUCAACUUAAAAAAUGCAUUAGGUUAAUUUUAAUUUGUCAAAUUUUAUUAAUGUAAUGUCACAAGAUGACAUGUAUUCUAGUGGCUCACCAGAAAAUUUGAGAUUGAGACCCCUGCAAUAUGUAGUAUGUAGUACAUGUAGGAGAUAUAUUCAAUAUCUCCUACAUGUUUUAUUAUUGUGCACACAUUUUACAGUUUACAAGUCAGGUUUUAUUAUAUCAUUGUAUUUUAAUACAGUUAUGUUCGUACAGUUCUGUUUAGCCAUCUGGGUUAUGUUGACUUUUGCUAAAUUGAAUGGCCAUAAGGAACACCUAUAUGCUUUUAUUUGGGAUUUCUGUGAAAUCAGCAAUUGCUGAGCUGAAGGUUGACUUUUGGUUGGCUUUUCCUGAUUUUUGUGAUG